CCUACCCUACCGGUGCCCGCGGUCGCCCUCCUAUGCUUGUCCUCUUCUUUCCGCCCGCUUGCUUUUGGUCACUCCAACACGGCCAGCUUAGCUUCCGCUUGAGCCCAAGCAAAAGGGAAAGAAAGAAAGGAAGGAUGAAAUGGCAGACACACUGCCUACUGCCAGUAUUUUACUGCACCUGAGUACUACUACUACUACUACCUGACUACUGAAGGAAGGGGGCACCUGCACUUCGUUGUUCUUCUUCGCUGCUGCGAUUGAGCUGGUGGUAUCUUCUUCUACAUCUCGUUGAGAGAGAUUCCAGGUCCACGAACAGGGGUUACAUCUUGCGGGGCAAAUCUUUGUGCUACAGAUGCGGUUCUGACGGAUCACUACCAUUUUUCAGACCUCAAAGCAUGAAGAUGUUCUGCAUCCGACCCAGCAGAACACGCUCCUGCGCGUGACCGGGCGUCAACCAAAACAGGGCGGUUGCGCUCGCUGCACACCUGGUGUUCGGCGAAAAGCCGCAAAGGCGUGGGCUGCAGCUCGCAACCGUCGCCAUGAGAGAUCUCGCGUCCUGCCUCAGCCAAACCGGCGUUCAAGUCGCCCACCCCUCCUCCUCAAGCGCCCAGAGCAUGGUGCAGUGCGCCUACCUGGCCCGCCUGCGCGGCAAAUCCUGCAGGGUCACCGUCACCUGGAGCAGGGCGGCCAUGGGGCAGGCUCUGGCCGUCGCCGUCCACGAUUCCUCGGGCCGUUGCCUCUGCAAGACAGAGAUAAAGCCAUGGCUCUUCUCCAAGAGGAAAGGCUCCAAGGCCAUGGAGGUGGACGGCGGCGCCCUGGACAUCCUCUGGGACCUCUCCUCGGCCAAGUUUGCGGGUGGGCCGGAGCCGCUCCAAGGAUACUAUGUUGCUCUCAUCUUUGAUCUCGAGGCUGUCCUUGUGCUCGGGGACAUGCCCAGGGUGGGGGAUCACAAGGCGUCUUCGGAUGCUUUACCUUGUGAUGCAGCCAUGAUAGCCAGGAAGGAGCACACGUACGGGAAGAAGGUGUACUGCACAAAGGCUCGGUUUUCGGACAUUGGUCAGCAUCAUCAUAUCACCAUAGAAUGUGACACGUCAGGGACGAAGGAUCCAAGCCUGGAGAUCAGGAUUGGGAAGAAGAGAGUGCUGCAGGUAAAGAGGCUUGCAUGGAAGUUCAGAGGAAACCAGACGUUCUAUGUUGAUGGCCUGCCCGUGGAGGUGCUCUGGGAUGUGCACGAUUGGCUAUUUGGUCCGUCGAAUGGAUGCGCUGUGUUCUUGUUUCAGUCAGGCCGAUCCAUGGAGAAGUUUUUGUCAAGGCCAUCCUCACAGGAUGAAAAGGAGCGUCAAGUGCAUCGAUUUGGUUUUACUUUGAUACUUCACGCAUGGAAGGUUUAGUAGCAAAAGCGCGAUGGCAGAUUUCUUCGAUACUCUACAUCGGAUGAACGAAUCCUAACAGUUGAAUAUAGGAUCUAGCAAGCCUAACAAAACCUUGUGCAAGUUUUCAUGUUUCUUAGUUGUUUGUUCUAGUUCUAGUGGUGGUUAGCAAGUUGGGUUUUGAUCUAUCCAUAUGAUUUGGCAAUGCCAAUGAGUGGUGGAAUGCUUGGCU